AUGGCAUCGUCGAAUAUGAAAAUUCAAAACGAAAAUGCAUCGGUUGAAACCAAAAGGACACCGAAAUCAUCAAAAAAUCAUAGCUAUGAUAUUGAUUGGAUUAAAAAUACUAAUGCUAAAUCUUUUUUACCUGAUCAACGACAUUUAUUAAAAAAACCGGUUACUGAUCAAGGUUGUCAAAAACGGUUAAGCAAAUACAAUGGACUUGUGAAUCGCAUGUCAUCGGAAGAAGUUGAUGAGGAACUAAGAAAACGACAAGUAUCAACAAGUGGUGAGAUUGAAAUCCGACGGCUACGUUUAAAACAUCAUUAUAAAGCUCAAUUAAUGUUGGGGCAUGAAAACCCAUUCAAAAUGAUUCAACAACAUUUUGAAUAUAUUGCUGUUGUGGAUUUCGAAGCAACAUGUGACAAUAAUCAAAGAAACAAUUAUCCACAUGAAAUCAUUGAAUUUCCUAUUGUACUUAUUAAUGUACAACAGCAAAUGAUUGUUGAUAAAUUUCAAUCAUAUUGUCGACCAACAUUAAAUCCUAUUUUGUCAGAUUUUUGUACAGAAUUAACUGGUAUUGAACAACAUCAGGUUGAUAAUGCGCCUACAUUUCCUGAUGUUCUACGUAAUGUUGAAGCUUGGUUGAACGAAAGAAAUCUUCUAUCAUCUCAUAAACGUAAAUGUGGAUUUGCUACAGAUGGUCCAUGGGAUUUUGCAAAAUUUCUUCGAAUACAAUGUGGUUUCAAUUCUAUACCAUAUCCACGAUGGGCUAAAAAAUGGAUUAAUGUGCGAAAAGAAUUUGCAAGUUUUUAUUCAGUGCAACGAUGUGGUAUAACAAAAAUGUUAAAGAGUGUUGGUCUAGUAUUUGAUGGUCGUCACCAUUCAGGCCUUGAUGAUUCAGUGAAUAUAGCUCGAAUUGCUCUUGAAUUAAUGAAGGACGGUUGUAUUCUAUUAUUAAAUGAUGGGGUUCGUGCAUCGGAUCCUAAAUUUAUUGAUUUAAAUAUAGCGGGUGGUGAUGAAACAAAGGAUCUCGAAGAAGAUGAAACAAAACUUGUUGAUGAUGAUGAUGAUGAUGAUGAUUUAAAUGUUUCAAAUGAAUAA